AGAAAGGCUAUGCAUAAAUUCAGGUUUAGUUGACAAUGGCCAAACUAGUUUAACAAAGCGAUUGUACCAAUUUAUGGUCCCUUCAGCAGCAUAUGAGAGUUCUGGUUGCUCCACGAUGUUGCCAGUGCUUAGUAUUUUCUGUCCUUUUCAUUUUGCCUUUCUGGUGGGUAUGUAAUGGUAUCUCAUUGUGGCUUUAAUCUGCAUUUCCUCUUUACAUUUUUGUUUGUUUUUUAGAUGUUUCAGGAUAGAGCAGAUUAAAAUUCAAGAGGUUAAUCCUCUACAUCUGCCAGAAAUUUCCCCCUUGGUACUUAUCUCAUGGAACUCAGAACUUUUUUUCUGUACUGGAGGCAAUAUAUAGAGAGGAUGAGGGAAACAAGCCGUGCAGUCAGACACUUUGAGGUUUAAUUCCCAGAUACAAUGUUAACUUGCUGGGUUACCUUAAGAAAUUUAUUUAACCUUUCUCCAUUUUAUGCAAAAUGGCACAAAUAACAGUACUGCCUCACGAGGUUGUUAUGAGGAUUAAAUGAGAUAAAAUAUGUAAAACACUUUGCAAAGUUCCUAGCACACUGUGAGCAAGCACAUAGUUAACAAGUGGCAGCUAUUAUUACACCUUAUAUUGCUUACGCACAUCUCAUUUCUCUUUCUGUUUUACACAUUCUAUGACAAAACAACAGCACAGAGCAGACAUUAGCUGCCUCGCAUAUAAUAGUUGCUGAUAAAGACUGGUUGAACGAUUUUAAAUAUAACUGGAAAAUAUUGUGGUGGUUGUUAUAAAAGAUGGCAUAAAUUAUUAUAAUGGCUAUAGUAUGAAAUGCACUGCUGAUGAGGAAUAUAUUAUUUAAACAAAUGUCUCUCCUCUUUACCUUCACCACUUAACAGUUAAGAAAAUUAAUAGAGAAACACUACUCGCGCUAAUUAGUAAUAGAUGUCCCAUAUUGCACAUGUGAGGGUUCCAAAGGCUUCUCCCUUUAAACCCCAAACCAAAAGAAACAAAAAUACCACCCCAGAAACAAAACCAAAAACAUCACUUUUCUGAAGAGAGGUUAAGCCUUUCCAAUUUUAGCAGAUCCUUUGUUCAGCAGCGGAGAAACUGGGGGGCCACAGCUGCAACAGCAGCUUCCGUACAAGAUGGCGUCGCUCAUUGUACACGCCGCAGCUGGAGGUAGGUCCUCUUCGCCCGUAGCUGGACCGGAAGUGGUUUCGGCCCUAGUAGAUCCGGGUGGGUGCGCGCAGGUGGCCGCGGAGGUUCCAGUUCUUCACGGGAGGUGCCGCAGGUGUUCGGGUCGGGUCCUGGGCCGUAGGUUGUGGGAUUAGUGAUAUGCUUUCCUAGACAGCAGAAAAGUCAAAGAUGUCGAGACACUUAGUGGCUUUGACAGUGACCACCCUUCUUGGUGUGGCUGUGGGGGGGUUUGUCCUCUGGAAAGGCAUCCAGCGCCGGAGAAGUAAAAUGAGUUGUGUGACCCUGCGGCGGCAGCAGCAGCAGCAGCAGCAAGCACGAGACAGGAGAGAGCCGCCCCCUCCGGAAGAAGAGCAGCUGCGCCCCAGUGCCCCCAGAGCCUCGUGGGAGGAGAAGAUCCUCGAGGCAAAGGUGGUGACUGUGUCUCACGGGGCAGAGUGGGAUCAGAUCGAGCCCUUGCUGAGGAGUGAGCUAGAAGAUUUCCCGGUACUUGGAAUUGACUGUGAGUGGGUGAAUUUGGAAGGCAAAGCCAGUCCUCUGUCACUCCUUCAAAUGGCCUCCCCAAGUGGCUUCUGUGUCUUGGUUCGCUUGCCCAAGCUGGUCUGUGGAGGAAAAACACUACCAAAAACGUUACUGGACAUUUUGGCCGAUGACACUAUUUUAAAAGUUGGAGUAGGAUGUUCAGAAGAUGCCAGCAAGCUUCUGCAGGACUAUGGCCUCGUUGUUAAGGGGUGCCUGGACCUCCGAUACCUAGCUAUGAGGCAGAGAAACAAUUUGCUCUGUAAUGGGCUUAGCCUGAAAUCACUCGCUGAGACUGUUUUGAACUUUCCCCUUGACAAGUCCCUUCUACUUCGUUGCAGCAACUGGGAUGCUGAGAAUCUUACUGAGGACCAGGUAAUUUAUGCUGCCAGGGAUGCCCAGAUUUCAGUGGCUCUCUUUCUCCAUCUUCUUGGAUACCCUUUCUCUAGGAAUUCAACUCCAGAAGAAAACAGUGACUGCACUGGCUGGAGAAAAGUCUUGGAGAAAUGCCAGGAUGUGGUAGACAUGCCAUUCCGGAGCAAAGGACUUAGCAGAGUGGGAGAAGAGGUUACUGGGGAGGCGACAGAGUCUCAGCAGAAGCCAAGAAAUAAGAAGUCUAAGAUCGAUGGAGCGAUGCCGGGCGGCCACCAGGGGAGGGACCCCAGAAAACAUAAAAGAAAGCCCCUGGGGGUGGGCUAUUCUGCCAGAAAAUCACCCCUCUAUGAUAACUGCUUUCUUCAUGCUCCUGAUGGACAGCCCCUCUGUACUUGUGAUCGAAGGAAAGCUCAGUGGUACCUGGACAAAGGCAUUGGAGAGCUGGUGAGCGAAGAGCCUUUUGUGGUCAAGCUACAGUUUGAACCUGCAGGAAGACCUGAAUCCCCAGGAGACUACUACUUGAUGGUUAAAGAGAACCUGUGUGUAGUAUGUGGCAAGAAAGACUCCUAUAUUCGGAAGAACGUGAUUCCACACGAGUACCGGAAGCACUUCCCCAUUGAGAUGAAGGACCACAACUCGCACGAUGUGCUGCUGCUCUGUACCUCCUGCCACGCCAUCUCCAACUACUAUGACAACCAUUUGAAGCAGCGGCUGGCCAAGGAGUUCCAGGCCCCCAUUGGCUCCGAGGAGGGCUUGCGUCUGCUGGAAGAUCCUGAGCGCCGGCAGGUGCGUUCUGGAGCCAGGGCCCUGCUCAACGCAGAGAGCUUGCCUGCUCAUCGAAAGCAAGAGCUGCUGCAAGCUCUCAGAGAGUUUUAUAACACAGACACCGUCACAGAUGAGAUGCUUCAAGAGGCUGCCAACCUGGAGACCAGGAUUUCCAAUGAAGGCUACGUUCCUCAUGGGCUGAAGGUGGUGCAGUGCCAUUCCCAGGGUGGGUUGCGCUCCCUCAUGCAGCUGGAGAGCCGCUGGCGUCAGCAUUUCCUGGACUCCAUGCAGCCCAAGCACCUGCCCCAGCAGUGGUCAGUGGACCACAACCAUCAGAAGCUGCUCCGGAAGUACGGGGAAGACCUUCCCAUCAAGCUGUCGUGAUAGGUGCUUUGCUCCCAGGUUAGGACCGCUGGGAAGCUGGAGCCAAGGUGGACAAGUCACCUCUUCCUCUUUUAAUAGGUUUUUCCUUGUCAAAGCCUGGUGACGCAACUCAGAAUACUAACCCAUACUGAUCCCACGGUGCUUCUGGUGGAGCAAGGCUAUUCUUUUAAGGGGAGCUUACGGCUUUGAAUUUUAGUUAGGCAGAGUGAGAAUUGCUUUUUCCUCCUUUUUUUAUUUUUGUGGAUGAGGCAGGCCUUGGCCUUUAUUUAACUUUCCCUCUUCUGCUGUCCAUGUGCAGACGACAAAUGGAAGAUUCUUCCUGAAGUGACUUGUCAGGACUCUCAGCUCUUUAAUAUGUUUCUUCCCCGCCCAGUGUGUUGGUUUAUCUCAAACAGGGGCUGUCAAAAGAUUUCAGUCCCAUUAGGUUAGGAGGGGAGAAAACGUGCUUCCAAAAGCUGGAGAGGUGAACAAGGGGUCAGAUUCAUUUUCCCGGUUCAACCUCAUCAUUGUAAAUUCUUUGGCUUAUUGCUGUCCUGCAGCUCACCGGGAUCCAUCCCUUCUAGGUCGCUUUCAGUUUGUUUCAUGUGCUUGAAAAUGCUCCCCUUUACAUGUCCAGGACCAAAGCAGCGACUUCCUGCCAUAUGCUUCCACCCUAACACUGGGGGGAAUCCUUUUCUGGAAAUAGGCCUUCCACUUGGGUGGGGCAGAGAGAAGCAUAAGCACCAACUCCUGAUAGAACUUUGAUGAUUUGCUCAGCUUUUCCUUCUGUGCCGGUUGUGGUCUGCUUGUUGAAUCCUCCUCCCAGAACUGCAAGGUUUGUAGCUUACUCCCUUUCUGAGAGGACGAUUAUCUUUUCUCAGAAUCAAUAUCAGUUCCCUUCAGUGUUCCCUGUUCCAUCAGAUUUGCAACACUGGCCUCUUUUAAGCACUUACUUCUCUCCUGGAGUCAUUUGGUCAGGUUGCAGUGUAAGGAUUCCUCCAUCUCCUCUCAUGCCUAGGACGCCGAGAUUAAUUAGUACAUUUAGAUGUUCAAAUAGGUGGUGUUUUAUCUUUCAAAAUGUGAGGCCACCAGUUUGAUUAUGAAAUCAAUUUAUUAGUGAUUAGUAUUUUUUCUAAAGUAGUAGGAAAACUUUCUUACUUUACAAGAUCUUAACAAGUUUAAAAAAGAAUUUUUUAGCCAGAAUCCAUCAACAGCUCUGUUUUGGAAUUGUGCCCAAGUUGGCGAUGGUUGCUCUAACAUUGAUAAAUAAAACUUCUUCUAAGCACAAAGCUCA